AUGGUAGGCUUUGAGUGUGUUAAUAUUGACAGUACACAGUGCCGCCCAGAGGCUCCGGUUAAUGUUGCAGGGUUCCAUUUUCCCUCCAGGAAGCCCGCGGACAGUUUGAUCAACCGGCAGACAGAAAAAGAGGCGGAGACAUCGCGUCCAGCCAACCACGAGGAGUUUAAUAGUUUUCACUUCUGGAGAGUCCCGCUGCCGUCCCUCGAUGAAGACUUGUUAAGUUUACUGGAACCGGUGGACAACAAGCACAAAGAGGCUGACGCACAAAGUCACGCCGCCGCUGAUGAUGAAGAGUUUAAUAGCUUCCGGUUCUGGAGAGACCCGAUCCAGUCCGUCGAUGACGAGCUGCUGGAUUCACUGAAAGUGGGCGGAGUCUCUGAAUCAAACAGCAGGACAGACCGACUGCAGACGGAGGAGGGGGUGGAGCACAAACAGGCUGAGGAACAAUCGCCAGAUGAAAACAAAGAGAAUGAGCCUGAAGAUGGCGAUGAUGAUGAUGAUGAAGGAGGAGGUUGGAUCACUGCCAGUAACAUCACACAGGUCAAGAUGGAGUCUGCUGAUUGUAUGGCUCCGGCUGAUGUCAAAGUUGCAUGUCUGACCACCGACUUUGCCAUGCAGAACGUUCUCAUUCAGGUUGGCCUUCACAUUCUCUCUGUGAGUGGGAUGCUGAUCAAACAGGCGAGGAAUCACAUCCUGCGAUGUCACGCCUGCUUCAGAACAACCACCAACAUGGCAAAGGUCUUCUGUCCUCACUGUGGCAACAAGACACUGAAGAAGCUGGCGGUGACUAUCAGCGAGGAUGGCGGCAUGCAGAUGCAUUUCUCCAGGAACCCCAAAGUGCUGAACCCCAGAGGCCUGAGGUACUCCUUACCGCUGCCUCAGGGGGGCAAACAUGCCAACAACCCCCACCUGGUGGAAGACCAGCGUUUCCCCCAGCAGAGGUUGUCCAGGAAAGCUCGCCAGAAAACGGACGUCUUUAAUCCUGACUACCUAGCAGGAGCUUCGCCGUUCUGUGAGAACGACAUCUACAGCCGCGCCGCCAACCUGCAGAUCCGGGACAGCCAGUGUGGCGGCGGCAGGUGGCGAGCCAACCCCAACUCUGCCCGCAAGAAGUUUGUGAAAAAGAAGUGACUCCGUUUAAAGGUGUUAAUGACUUGAGCGCCGCGCGUCGUUCUACAACCAGAAAACUAAAGGCCUGCUGCUGUCACACAGCUGUCGAAAGCACUCGCCUGACCAGAAAUGUCAUUUAUUUUAAAUAUAUCAUAAAGUCCUGAAUUUAAUGCUCUGUGCCACACGAGUCUUUCCUCCAAAACUCUGAAUUAAACAUUAAACAUGCAUAAUAAAUCA